AGCCACCUGAGCCGCCAAGUUGAGGCAGUGCACGUCCCGGCGCCUUUCGGGAGCGCGGGCCCGGCAGAGCCGCCCGCGUGGCGCCUAUCUCAUCCGGGCGCAAGGUGGGCGCGCUGGAGCCUGCGCGCCCCCGCGGCCGACGGCGCCCCGCGCGGCCCCACGCGCGCGCCCCGCCCCCACCCGGGCCUCCUCCCGCCUCUUUGGACCCCGCCGAUCGGCUUGAGCUCUCCGCGCCCCUCGGCCUCGGGAGCAGUGCGCCCUCGGUGACUUCUGACACCGCGUAUCCGCCAAUCCAAGAUGAAUAGCGAUCAGGUUACACUGGUUGGUCAAGUGUUUGAGUCAUAUGUUUCGGAAUACCAUAAGAACGAUAUUCUUCUCAUCUUGAAGGAAAGAGAUGAAGAUGCUCAUUACCCAGUUGUGGUUAAUGCCAUGACCCUUUUUGAGACCAACAUGGAAAUCGGGGAAUAUUUCAACGUGUUCCCUAAUGAAGUGCUAACUAUUUUUGAUAGUGCACUUCAAAGAUCAGCCUUGACAAUUCUCCAGUCCCUUUCUCAGCUUGAAGGUGUCUCCAUGAAGCAGAAUCUUCACGCCAGGAUAUCAGGAUUGCCUGUUUGUCCUGAGCUGGUGAGGGAGCACAUCCCUAGAACCAAGGAUGUGGGACACUUUUUAUCUGUCACUGGGACAGUGAUUCGAACGAGUCUGGUGAAGAUCCUGGAGUUUGAGCGGGAUUACAUGUGCAACAAAUGCAAGCAUGUAUUUGUGGUCAGGGCCGACUUUGAGCAGUAUUAUACCUUCUGUCGGCCAUCCUCAUGUCCCAGCUUGGAGAGCUGUGAUUCUGCAAAAUUCACUUGCCUCUCAGACUUGUCUUCAUCUCCAACUAGGUGUAGAGAUUAUCAGGAAAUCAAAAUUCAGGAACAGGUUCAAAGGCUAUCUGUUGGAAGUAUCCCACGAACAAUGAAGGUUAUCCUGGAAGAUGACUUAGUAGACAGUUGCAAAUCUGGUGAUGACCUCACUAUUUAUGGGGUUGUAAUGCAACGGUGGAAGCCCUUUCAGCAGGAUGUGCGCUGUGAAGUGGAGAUAGUCCUGAAAGCCAAUUACGUCCAAGUAAAUAAUGAGCAGUCUGCAGGGAUCAACAUGGAUGAGGAGGUCCGAAAAGAAUUUGAAGAUUUUUGGGAAUACUAUAAGAGCGAUCCUUUUGCAGGAAGGAAUGAAAUAUUGGCUAGCUUGUGCCCUCAAGUUUUUGGAAUGUACCUAGUAAAGCUUGCUGUGGCCCUGGUGCUGGCUGGUGGGAUUCAAAGGACCGAUGCUACAGGAACACGGGUCAGAGGUGAAUCUCAUCUUUUAUUGGUUGGGGAUCCUGGCACAGGGAAAUCUCAAUUCCUCAAAUAUGCAGCAAAAAUUACACCAAGGUCUGUGCUCACCACAGGAAUUGGAUCUACUAGUGCAGGUCUGACGGUAACUGCUGUAAAAGACUCAGGAGAAUGGAAUUUGGAGGCUGGGGCGUUAGUCCUUGCAGAUGCAGGCCUUUGCUGUAUUGAUGAGUUUAAUAGCCUCAAAGAGCAUGACAGAACCAGUAUCCACGAAGCAAUGGAGCAACAAACCAUAAGUGUUGCUAAGGCUGGCCUCGUGUGCAAGCUGAACACAAGGACCACCAUCCUCGCAGCAACCAACCCCAAAGGCCAGUACGACCCCCAUGAGUCUGUGUCAGUGAACAUUGCCCUUGGCAGCCCACUCUUAAGUCGAUUCGACCUGAUCCUAGUUUUGCUUGAUACCAAGAAUGAAGACUGGGAUCGUAUAAUUUCUGCCUUUAUCUUAGAAAACAAAGGUUAUCCAAGCAAAUCAGAGAAGCUCUGGAGCAUGGAAAAGAUGAAAACCUAUUUCUGCCUCAUUAGGAAUCUGCAGCCCACACUGUCUGAUGAGGGUAAUCAAGUUCUCCUCCGGUACUACCAGAUGCAGAGGCAGAGUGAUUCCCGGAACGCUGCCCGGACAACCAUCCGCCUGCUGGAAAGCUUGAUACGAUUAGCAGAAGCUCAUGCUCGCCUGAUGUUCCGUGACACAGUGACUCUGGAAGAUGCUAUUACAGUGGUGUCGGUAAUGGAGUCCUCCAUGCAGGGAGGUGCUCUGCUGGGAGGUGUGAAUGCACUCCACACAUCCUUUCCUGAUAACCCUCUGGAGCAGUACCAGAAGCAGUGUGAACUUAUUCUGGAAAAGCUGGAGCUGCACAGCCUCUUAAGGGAAGAGCUAAGAAGACUUGAAAGGUUACAGAAUCAGAGUGUGUGUCAACACCAGCCACGGGCAAUGGAAGCAGAGACGACUUCAGGGUCCCUGAGAGAUGAUCCAGGGGAAGAAUCAAAGUUCAGACCAUCAGCUCAGCAGGAAGUGAACUGUAGCACACGUCUGUCCUCUACUGGAGGCAGGCCUGGGGGAAGCCCACUUCUCAAUCCCCCAUCGCAUCUGGGGCCCGAUAGACUGACAAGUAGAAGGCAUUCAGCUGAGCACAAAAAUAGCCAAGAUGACAGUUUGGACUGGUUUGACUCCAUAGCAACUCAUCCGAUGGAACCUAAAAACACCGUUCCUGUGUCUCCUAGUCCCAAAACAAGUGGGGGGGAAAUGGCUUUGAAAAUCUCCAACAACAAAUCUCAGGGUAAGGAAAAAAGGGAGCCAGGCCAAAGGAGCAAAUUGGAAACUGGACCGCUUCCAACACCAGAAGAGACAGAAGCUCCAUUGAGGCCAGACAGCCUUGAGGGUGAAAAGGCAAAAAAGGCAGCAAUGGUUUCUGAAGCAGGAGUAUCUGCUGACGAGCCAGACUCAGUACUGACUCAUCACGUCCCCAGGAAACUGCACAAGCUGCGCAAGGAGAGGGCCCAGGAGUGGUGCAGGAAUCCCGCCAGGCCGCCCUCGCAGCCCACAAGCUCUCCUCAUCCUCGGCCCACUCCUGUACAGAGCCCAGAGAGAGUGCUUGGAACUCCCAAAAGAAAGAGACAGAAAUCCCUUGCUCGGGUGCAAGAGCCCCACCUUGAAAGCGUUGAGAGUCCGGGUCCCCCUGUGGCCAAACUAGCAAAAUUUACUUUCAAAAAGAAGUCAAAACUGAUCCACUCUCCUGAAGAUUGCAGCCCUGUGUCUCCUGGCACAAGUGAAACAGCAGUUCAGAGUCCUGAAAUUCCCCAACGUAGAGCAAGAGGAAAAGCAGCUCUGCCUGGGAAGGGUCCAGACAAGCUGGCCUCUACCUCAGAAGUCAGAAGCCCAGCUCAGCUGCAAGAUAAGACAAAGGAGGUGUCACGGCAGCCACCGGACAGAGACGGACCGAGAGAGAAGAGGGAACGUGCCCUUGCAAAGGGAGCUGUCCAGCCUGAAUUAGAGCUUGGGAGCAACACUGGGCGUUUCCAUCUUGCUUCUGAAAGAGACAGAGAGGAAGAGGUUUCGUGCCAUAGUAAAAGUGGCAAGGUUCAUGCUUGCACAUUAGUGAGACUGGCAAACUUCUCCUUUACUUCCCCCUCUGAAUCCAAAUCAGAAUCCCCUCCUCCUCCUGAAAGUAAGAACCCGGGUGAGGGAGGCCCCAGCCCUCUUCUUGUGACCGCAGCUACAGUGCUUGGCAGGAAAAGGAAAACGUUUCAGCUGGGGGGAUCCACCGAGAGACUGAGUCUUUCCAAAACAUCUCUCUUCACUUUACCGGAACUAGAUGAUGAACCAUUAGACUUUGAUUGGGAUGAAGAAAUAAGAAAAAAGCCAUAAUCAUGAAAAGCUUUCUGGUCAGGUUUCACCCUCAUCCACUCAAGCCCGCACCUUCAGGAUAUCAACAUGGUGUUUAUGGAUAUAUAGAAGUAUUGACCAUAUUGGGCGCCAUUCUGAACACCAGCCCCCCCAUCAGAUUUUAUAAAUUCAGGUUUAUCUUCAUGAUUUGAAAAGCUGUACAAUCAAUGAAGGUCAGUGUGAUACCAGUGCUUGAAUCUAAUUGAAUCUAAUUAAUUAACAAUUGUGCUUGAUUUUGCAGAGUACUUAUAUUCCCAAAGAUGUUUGUUUGUUUUGUUUGGGUUUGGUUUUUUUUUUUUAGGGGGUAGGUUUUCCUGCGAUCCCUCCAUUCACUCAGGAGCAAAUGCCAGGAAGGUAACACUCACAACGCUGACAAGUCAGAUGAACUCUUUUUCUGUUUGUUUGUUUUUUUCCUUUGUUGUUUUUUUUUUUUCACCCAAGAUGUGCUGAGUGUGGUAAAUAUUUAUUAUGACUUGCCAAAAUCAUGUGAUUUUUUAAUAAUUUUUUUGUACUUAUUCUCAUGUGUCAGAUUAAAUAUGACUGAAGCUUU